GGGACUGAAAGGCCAAGGGUACAUAUGAGGCGUGCUUUGGCUGCAAAGCAUGCAGGCUCCUGGAGAAAUAUGAUGGGCAAGCGAGAGAUGCCGGCGGCUGCUGUGCUGCAAGAGAGUCUUUGUGUACGAGUGUUGGUACUGGCGGUGUCGUGCAUCUUGCAGGGGCAGACAACAGGCAGAGGACCACAGAAAGCCCAGUCUGAUUCACCCAAUUUUUGGUUUGUUCUGAGCCCGACAGGGUCUGUGCAAAUAUGAUGUUCAAACAGAGGGUCGCAUGAAUGAGCUCCUCGGCAGCAAGAGUGUCUUGAGGGGCCUGCCCACUGGGGUGGGUGACUGGGUGUACACCAGGGCAUGCGAUUUCAAAUUCAUCUUUGUGCUCGCUUUGGCAAGUGAUAAAUUAUUGGACCGGCGGCCCAACGGCUGGCUGCAGAAUAGGCUGAUGGGACUGGCAUGUGCACGUACGAAUGUGCGAUGAGAGCGCCCUUUUUCACAAAUUCAAGUUUGCCACAGCUGGGUAGUAGGAGUAAUUCGCUGCAGACAAAGCAUUACUGGUUUUGUGCUGGGCAUUUUCUCUGGGGAGGCAUGCUUGCUAGGAAGCCCCCGCUCCCCAUGCUUUGCUUGACAGGAGCCUUGGGUCAUGUGUUUUGCACAUUUCCCUGCCUCUGUUUGUUGCCGUGAGCAUUUCAGCUUGAGCUUCUGGGAU